AACUUUUUGGGUACCAAGUUCUCCAUGUAUGACAGCCAACCUCCAUGUGGUAUAGCAGUUCAGCCAACUAAUCGUAUGAGUCGCAGAUUUCAUUCUAAGCAGGUCUCUCCAAGAGUAUCUGCAUAUAACUACAGAAUAGGCACCAUCUCCUAUGAGCUCAAUGUUCUGCGCACUAGAGGACCCAGGAGAAUGAAUUGCAUCAUGGAUUCUAUUCCUUUCUCUUCCAUCGAGGAGGGGGGCACCGCCCCAACACCAUCAUCAUUCCCACAGUCUCUUGAAGAGCACUUUUCUUCCUUCCCAGAUUUGAAGGAAAAGGAACCAGUGAUAUGUAGCGAGGCCCCAGGUUUGUCAGUUUCACCAGGAUUGACGAUGGGCACUCCUGAGCCACUGGUUCUUAAAAAUAAGGCUCCUAGAUGGCAUGAGCAGCUACAAUGCUGGUGCCUAAAUUUCAAAGGGCGUGUCACAGUGGCUUCUGUUAAGAAUUUCCAGCUUGUGGCAGCUAUUGACCCAACCCAGAAUGUGCCAGCUGCGGAGCAGGAGAAGGUAAUUCUGCAAUUUGGAAAAAUUGGAAAAGAUAUCUUCACCAUGGAUUACCACUACCCACUCUCUGCCUUCCAAGCAUUUGCAAUCUGCCUUAGCAGCUUCGACACGAAACCAGCUUGUGAAUGACAUUAUUGCAGCGCUAGAAAUGGAUGCCAUUGUCCCCGUAAUUGCAUCCUUAAAUUUUCAGUUGAUUUCCUACGCAAAAGCUGAUCAUGCAUGGUCAUUUACAACUCAGUUUCAGCAGUAUGGACAAUAAUUUUCUGGUCAUGCAAUUCGACUUGUAUUUUGUUCUUAUCAUCUUGUCGCAGCUGAAAUUCAAUUAAAAGAAGUUAAAUGAAUUAUAUUUUUAUGAUUUU